UUACACAGAGAAAGAUGGUUUCCCGUCCCUCUGCUGAAGAACAUCGUCGCUUUCAUGCCAUUUCGAAUCUGCCGACCUAUAAUCCCCAAAAGUAAUUUGAGGCAAAAACUAAAAGGAGGAAGAGAGGAUCAGGCUUCCUUCUUCCCCCCCACCUUUCUCUCUUUCUUGCUUGCUGUUUUAGGGUUUCUGGAGCGAUCCGGGAAGGAUUCCUAGCGUUGUUCCAGAGACUCUCUAUCUACAUCUCUCUGUGUCUGUUGGUUUCUUUGAAGGGGUUGAAUCGAAUUGGAGCGAGAUGGAAGGAGGGGCCCCGGACACGGUGAUGGCGGAGGCUCACCCACUGCCGCCGGCGGAGAACAACGGCCCGGCGGCGGCGUUGGACAACAUCCCUUCGAUCCCAAGUCAUGGAGGGAGGUUCAUACAAUACAACAUCUUUGGCAACAUCUUCGAGGUCACCGCCAAGUACAAGCCCCCAAUCAUGCCGAUCGGGAAGGGGGCCUACGGUAUUGUCUGUUCUGCAAUGAAUUCUGAGACAAAAGAGCAAGUGGCAAUUAAGAAGAUUGGGAAUGCUUUUGAAAACCGAAUAGAUGCUAAGCGGACACUGCGUGAGAUAAAGCUUCUUCGUCAUAUGGAUCAUGAAAAUGUUGUGGCAAUAAGGGAUAUAAUACCCCCACCUGUUCGUGAGGCAUUCAAUGAUGUCUACAUUGCUUAUGAACUGAUGGACACUGAUCUUCAUCAAAUAAUUCGUUCAAAUCAACCUUUGACCGAGGAGCAUUGCCAGUAUUUUCUUUAUCAAAUUUUACGAGGACUGAAAUACAUACAUUCUGCAAACGUUCUUCAUAGAGACUUGAAGCCGAGCAAUCUCCUCUUAAAUGCCAAUUGUGAUCUUAAAAUAUGUGAUUUUGGGCUUGCGCGGAUCACAUCUGAAACUGACUUCAUGACCGAAUAUGUUGUCACAAGAUGGUAUAGGGCCCCAGAGCUGCUCUUGCACUCAUCUGAGUAUACAACAGCAAUCGAUGUGUGGUCAGUAGGUUGUAUAUUUAUGGAACUAAUGAACCGUCAGCCGCUGUUUCCUGGGAGAGACCAUGUCCAUCAAUUGCGUCUGCUGAUGGAGCUAAUUGGAACUCCUACUGAUAAUGAUCUGGGGUUCGUCAGUGAAAAUGCCAGACGUUAUAUUCAGCAGCUUCCACGGCAUGCUCGUCAAUCAUUUACUCAAAAAUUCUCACAUGUUCAUCCUUUAGCUAUCGAUCUUGUAGAGAGGAUGUUGACCUUUGACCCAAGGCAAAGGAUUACUGUUGAGGGUGCACUGGCUCAUCCAUAUCUGGCAUCGCUCCAUGACAUCAGUGAUGAACCUGUUUGCUCAACGCCUUUCAGCUUUGACUUUGAACAGGAUGCCUUGACAGAGGAGCAGAUGAAGGAUCUAAUAUAUCAGGAGGCUAUGUUGUUUAACCCCGAGUACCGGGUAUAACUUCCUUUUAUUUGUUCUCCAUUCUGUGCUUCAAAUGUUGUAAGCUUGAUGUCUUGUAUUUGGUGAUCUUCAUGUAAAUAUGCAUGUCAUUAUUUUUACCUGAAGGAAUGUGCAAACGCCUUUGUUUUGAGAGUAGAGCCUGUUUUCUUGGUCUCAUAGUGUCCCCAGUUUGAGAAUAUUGAAUGGAUUUGCAAAUACUCUGUCUAUGAAGUGUGAAUUGAUGGAAUAAAGAAAAAGAAAUGAUGGUAGAUAGUUUCUUUA